AUGUCGCGCUUUAGAGAUUUAAAACUUUGCUUCUUCGCAUCUUCAGUUCGAACAUUUUAUUUUUCAGGGAAGAAAUACACUGUUGAAGUAUACAAGGAAUUUCCUUCUGACUGGUUCAAGGGACUCAAUAUCAAGACACAGGUGACUUCAUCUACAUAUCACAAUGAGAUCAACACAUAUAAAGUGAAAUGUGGAGGGAGCUUGGAAAUGUGGGAGUCAUCUGGCUGGAUUCACAAGCAAGACCCCUAUGGCUGGUUUCAAUGGUAUUGCAGAUUUUAUCUUGGUCGCCGGACAGAAGAUGACAGACGACAAGUGGAUCGAUGGAAGAAAUGUGCUGGAGACAAGGGACGCUGGAGAAACAACCUCAUUUCAAAGAUCGUUCGAAGUGGUUGUGCUUAUGAUAACUUUGCCGUGUCACCUGUAGUUCGACAAACUCUUCAACACUGGGCUUACAAACUAAACAAGAAAGAUUUUGAUCAGUAUGCCAAGAAAGUUAAACUUUAGAAACCGUUAUGUACACCUUACUGACCUUAUGAGUUACUGAUCAAGCCUGUCGCGAUGGCUGGAUAUUGGCCUAAUAACGUAGCUGUGUUUCUGUCAGAUUCAGCUUGGCAAGAAUCGAGAUGCUAUGUUCGUCGCUUCCCACCUCUCCCUAUUUUAACUGGCAGUGACAUCCACAGAUGUCAUAAAAAAAUUGCUUUUCGCAUUUGUUCAUUUUCAUUUAGUACCGUUCUAACGGGCCACUAUUUAUUGUCGUACAUUUUAUGACUGUAUUAUAUAAUCAAAGCGGUUUUAGGUGUGUAUUCUUUUAGCAAUUAAAGAUGUAGA